CCAGCCCGCGUCGCACUCGCGCGUCAUCGCCCGGCCCCAUAGAGGCGGGAGGUGGGGCCGCGCGUGAUCGCGGGGCUGCUGGGCGCAGAGCUGAGACACUGGAGUGUGAACUGGAAACUUCAGAGCAUUCGAAGGGACCCACUGGAUGGCUUUGAACUCUUCUAAAGUUAGAUCCUAUCCGCAGCUGCCUCUGCCCAUCCGCUGUGCUUCUGUCUCCCGUGGACCUCCCUGAAAGGAGUUGGAAGAGGCCCCAGUGCAAACAGCCACAUGGAGGCUCCUGAAGCCAGACUACAGACCUGACUUGUUGAGUGGAUUUAGUUCAUCUUCAGCCUGUUUCCUCCUGAACUUCUCAGAGAUGCAGAGAGAUUUCUGGAAAUGAACCUGCCCCGAAGGGAAGUUACAUUUUCAUUUUGAAUGAAAGAUAAGCAAGUGACAGAAACCACCGGACUUGGCCACACCUGGAAUCAGUGGACUGGGGACACCAGCUGGGGACAGAAAAGUGCUUCUAGGAGGAAUACCAGAUGAAGAGGAUGAGGCCAGCUGGAGAUUAAAUGGCCACCGCCACUCCCCCAGAGACAAAGUCAGCCUCAUGGUGGAACUACUUCUUUCUGUAUGAUGGUUCCAAAGUGAAGGGAGAAGGAGACCCCACCAGAGCUGGCAUCCUCUACUUCUACCCCUCCCAGACCCUUUUGGACCAACAGGAACUGCUCUGUGGCCAGCUUGCUGGAGUUGUGCGCUGCCUGUGGGACCUUUCUGGUGCCCCGCCCACACUCAUCCGGCUGCGGAAGCUCAAGUUUGCUGUCAGGGUGGAUGGCGAGCACCUGUGGGCUCUGGGCUGUGGUGUGGAGCUCUCGGAUGUCAGCUGCAGACAGUUUCUGGACCGACUCAUUGGAUUCUUUCAUUUCUGCAUGGGUCCCGUCUCCCUGGCCUACGAGAACCGUGCUCAGGAGGAGCUUAGCUUGCAGUGGGACUCUGUCAUCACCCAGGUCCUCAGGAGCACCAGUGAGGCCCACAGGAUCUUCAACGCCCUCUGGAAUCUGGACCACAGCAAAGUGGAGCCCCUGCUGCUGCUGAAGGCAGCCCUCAUCUUACAGACCUGCCAGCGCUCGCCCCAUGUCCUCGCUGGCUGCAUCCUCUAUAAAGGACUGAUUGUGAAUUCCCAGCUCCCUCCUUCCCUCACCGCCAAGGUCCUGCUUCAUCAGACUGUCCCUGCAGACCAGGGACUUCCUGGAGCAGGGGCUGCCUCACAGGACGCAGGAAGGGCAUUGCCGCCUAACGUGCAGAUCACCCCGGUUUUCCUGAGUGAGGAGGAAAUCGCUGCCCUCCACGAGUUCCCAGUGGAGCAGGAGACCAGACUCUGGGAAAGUUCAUCUCAGAACCCUCCCGGGGAUCGAAGCACCCCUCCCCAGACAGAAGAUGCCACUAGGCGUGUGGCAUCUGUGGCCUGGACAUCAGCCGCCAUUGUGGAGCCCACACCUCAUGAUGGAGCAUGGCUGAAUGGCAGGGGUGCAGAUGGACACUUGCUUGGGCAGGAGCAGGAGCAGGAGCAGGCUGCAGCUGCAGGACUGUGCACCACUGCCUGUGGCCAGGCUUCUGGCAUCAGCAGCAGGCUGCAGCAGGAGCUGGGUUUUUCCCAAGAGGCACUGGACUUAUCUGAAAUCCACAUCUCUGAGGCUCAGGAAGCCUCCCCACCCGCGCCUGCCCUAGGCGAUCCAGAAGCUGUCAUCACCAGCCACCAGGUCCCCCCUCUGCCUGAAGACACAGCAGUGUGCCGCUGCCCGCACCCUUCCCCUCUGGAGAGGCCCCCCGAGAGCGGAGGGCUGGAGUGGCUUGCAGACCUUCCCAUCACCAACGGCCAGACCCAAGUUCCUGGCACAGACCCUCUCCCCAGAAGAAGCAGUAGGCCUGUGGUGCUUCCUCCGCAGGGUCCUGUGGGUGCAGAGCCCGGUGUGGAGCAGUGUGGGGGUGGAAGACGAGAGAGCCACGGAGGCCCAGCGUGCACUCUGCACUCACCCGACUCUCAGGGCCCCGGCACCUCUGCAGACAGAAGUGGCUUCAGGCCGUCCCCAGCUGGGCCCCAUGCAGGGCUCUGGCCUGUGAACCUGUACAUCCACAGUGUGAAUGGCCUGGUCCUGUCCCUGCUGGCUGAGGAGCCUCUUCUCAGAGACAUGGCAGCCAUCGAGGAGGUGUACCACAGCAGCCUGGCAUCCCUGAAUGGGCUGGAAGUCCACCUGAAGGAGACACUACCCAGAGACGAGGCUAGCCUCACAAGCAGCACAUACAAUUUUGUGCAUUAUGACCGAAUCCAGAGCGUGCUCACAGCCAACCUGCCGCUAGUGACUGCUCCCCAGGACCGCCGCUUUCUGCAGGCCGUCAGCCUCAUGCACUCCGACUUCACCCAGCUGCCGACGCUGUACGAGAUGACCAUCAGCUAGGUUUGGAAAGUCAGACAUGGUAGAGGGCUGGAGGGAGAGCCUCCCCUGCCCCCUCCGUCAGCCCGUCGGCUCUUGGACCGGCUGUGUGAGCACACUCUCCCUUCAUGGUGAGAAAUGUGAGCACAUGUGGGAGCAGUGAUGUCCUAGGGCCAGGGUUUGACUGCAGGCCUCCAUGACUGAGGGGCGUGCUCUUUCCCGUAGCUCCCACUAGGUGGGCGAAGACCAUGGACUCAGUGGGAGUGCUCAGAGCCUCGGUGAUGAACCCCCCUGUCCUGUCACUUGCCACACUGAUGCCGCUGUCUGCCCUGGUGUCAUCUGCUGCUGAUGGCACAGUCUGUCCUCUCUAGCUGGCAGCCAAAGUGUGACUUACAUCUGCAGCCACCGCUCUGGGACCUGGGUGGUGCUGGGUGUGUGGCUGCUGAGUGGGAGGUGGCGGCAGGCGAGCGUCGACAUCUGCCCCGCCAGCUGCUGAUGGCCGCUGUGCUUCAUCUUCCCGGAGCUGAGAGGGUUCAGGGUGGAGGAGAGCCCGAGGCAUGCUGGGUGGGUUCUCACCACAGUGAUGGGGGCACAGUGCCUUGGCACAUGCUAAGGAGUGCACCCAGACUCCCGUGGGCUCUGUAAUAAAGCAAGAGUUCCCUGCUUGCCAGCAGGAGGGCGGGCAUUGCCACACAAAUGGUUUCCCACCAGGCCACACUCCCUUUGAGCUCUGAGAGGAACGCCUCACAGGAGCUGAAGACCCCUGUGCCAGCCAGGUCCUGCAGGUGCCCAAGGCCUGGAGGUUCCUCUUCCCCAUCCAGCAGGAGGCAGCUGAGGGAAGGAGCCGUAGCCUGACUGUUGCAUGCUAGAAUCAGGGAAACUGAGGCUUGUUAAGCUAAGGUCUCAAGACAGGAAGAAUGAAGGGGCCAGAGUUGACCAGGUGGGUCCGUUAACAAGUCAGUCUUUGGUCCUGUGCCUGGAUGGGAAGAUUUCCCCUGAGAGAUGGGUUAAGAUGAAGCUUGCCUAGCAAAAUGGAGGAGUUGGGGCAGCCGUCCUCAAAGUGGGGGAGCAUCAGAGGGGAUACUGGAGGUGGGUUUUUUAAUGUGUGUGUGUGUGUGUGUGUGUGAUAUGUAUUCAUAUUGUUUG